AUGGUGGUAGCAAUUGGAUUUGAAGGGAGCGCUAAUAAAUUAGCGAUUGGAAUAAUUCGUGAUAACGAAGUACUUUCAAAUGUCAGACGAACUUAUAUUACACCACCGGGUGAAGGAUUUCUACCAAAAGAAACAGCAGCACAUCACCGCGCGCAUGUAUUGGAAGUUUUAAAAAAAGCAUUGAGUGAUGCUAAGCUGACGAUGACAGAUGUCGAUGUAAUUUGCUACACAAAAGGUCCAGGAAUGGGCGGACCACUGACAGUUUUGGCUCUGGUCGCUCGCACAGUUGCUCAGCUGUACAACAAACCCAUGGUGGCUGUAAAUCAUUGCGUGGGUCAUAUAGAAAUGGGUCGUUUGAUUACUGGCAGCAAGGAUCCAACGAUUCUCUAUGUCUCGGGAGGUAACACACAAAUUAUCGCUUACUCGCGUCAGAGGUACAGGAUAUUUGGCGAAACGAUUGACAUCGCCGUUGGAAAUUGUCUUGAUAGAUUCGCCAGACUGCUGAAGCUUUCCAAUGAUCCUAGUCCCGGUUAUAAUAUCGAGCAGAUGGCUAAGAAUGGUAAAAAAUUGGCGCCAUUGCCUUACGUUGUCAAAGGCAUGGACGUUUCAUUCUCUGGAAUUUUGUCGCAUAUUGAGGAGCGUUUAGAUGACUGGCUUAAUACGGGAAAGUAUACUAAGGAAGAUUUAUGUUUUUCUUUGCAAGAAACAACAUUUGCGAUGCUUAUUGAAAUAACAGAGAGAGCAAUGGCACACGUCGGUUCAUCGGAAGUAUUAAUAGUAGGGGGUGUUGGUUGCAACGAAAGACUCCAAGAGAUGAUGGACAUAAUGUGUAAAGAGCGUGAUGCCAAAUUAUAUGCAACUGACGAGCGAUUUUGUAUUGACAACGGAGUGAUGAUUGCCGUCGCCGGGCUACUGCAGUACAAAACAGGGAAACCGACCCCCUGGACCGAGACCACCUGCGUCCAAAGAUAUCGUACUGAUGAUGUUUUUGUAUCCUGGCGUGAAUAA